AUGAGCGGGAACAGUGAACCCCCGCCCUAUAGCGAACAUGGUCGCUUGUACCACGGUUAUCGCAGAGGCAUCUAUCAAUUCCCCUGUGACGAGGCUGAAAAAGAACGACACGAUGCCCUAGACCAUAUCGUCCUCCUUGCACGCAGGGAUGAGUUGCACCGCGCGCCCCUUAUCCCCUCGGGAGAGGAUUACCCUCGAUUGAGGAUCCUAGAUGUAGGAUGUGGCACUGGCAUAUGGGCGAUCAACAUGGCGGAUAAAUACCCCAUGGCAGAGGUCAUUGGCAUCGAUCUCUCCAAAAUCCAACCCGACGUGAUACCACCAAAUCUGCGUUUUCGAACCCCCAGGGAUUUUGAGAGCCCGUGGUUUAUGGGUGAAGACUCUUGGGACCUUAUCCAUCUUGCCAUGCUUUGCGGCAGUGUUUCAAGCUGGCAUGAAAUGUACGCUAACGUACUCCGACACCUCAGGCCAGGCGUUGGCCACAUCGAGCACGUCGAAAUAGACUUAGUCCCUCGCUGUGACGACGAUACACUUAGUCGUAAGGGAGAAGCACUCGAACAUUGGUAUGCUUACCUGUUCGACGCGACGCGACGUCACGAUCGCUCAAUUGCAUAUGAGCAUGACAAUCCAAGACAUUUGGAGGAGUGGGGCUUCGUUGAUGUUCAGCAUACAAAGAUCAGAAUACCCAUUGGUGAGUGGGGUCAAGACUGGCGGGAACAUGAAAUCGGAAGAUGGUACAGGGUUGGCCUAUGUGAGGCCAUAGAAGCUCUCAGCCUCGCUCCUUUCACAAGACCCUCCUACAACUGGCCAAUCGCAGACGUGAAGAGAUAUCUUGGCGAAGUCGAGACCAUCGUCCAGAGAGCUGAUAUCCAUGCCUACCACGAGUUGCACAUUACCACCGCGAGAAAACCUUUCCCUCACGAAGUCAACCAUGAUCAUAAGGCCAGUGGUGGGCAACAACAAAGGUGA